AUGGAGCUUUUCGAAGCCCACAGUAUGGUUAAUCAAUGGAAACUAGUCCUGCAUGAUGCCGCUGCUCCUGCACAUGGAGUCCGCAAGCCGGGUGAAAGCAGUAUAAGAUUCGGCCUCAGCUUGCUCCAAGUGGACAAAUACCUUUCGGGCAUUAGCGCUAUCGGAGUUCAGGUUAAGCAAGAGAUAGUGAACCUGCCCGACAUUGCCGUUUGCUUGCCUAGUCGCCUCUGGACGAAUCUGCUUCAGACCUCCUGCACCCACCCGUUGUGCGUUCAGUUUACGGUGUGUCGCUUGCCACCAACAGCGCCACAACCUCGUAGUCUAGCGGCGAUCUUUGAAUACUCGUGCUCUCCCUGUCGCAAGUUGACGUGGUACCUCCGUGUCUGCAUGAUAGAGAAGCUCCCUUCUGCAUUGUUCGCCGCUGCCACGUAUGCGGAUGCAUGGAGUACAAGUGAUCCUCGGAAAAUCUUCACCAGUACUAUGAUUCUAGGCCAUAACCCUCCACGAUCGUCCCGGCUUCCGUCCCCUGCACGACAAAAAUCUUCACGCCCUCCAGAAUUGAGGCCCACGGUGGUCGCCCCAGAGUCAACUCAGUUGGACGACGGGCCAUGCUUUGUGAAAGAAUACGAAGCGCUUCCUAACUGGAUCAUUCGGGGACGCGACGACUGCUCGUGGAGUUCCCUUCUGUCUUCGUCAAUGGUAGCCACUAUCCAGCUUUGGUGGCGAGAAAAUGCAGAUCCAGCCAAUCAGCAACAACAUCAACGUCCCCCUGGACAUCAGUCCGCGAAAUCGAACAACAGCUAUUCUCCAACAGAAAAACCCACACCAGCAGUGAAGCGUAAGAACGAUAUGUUCUAUGGCUCCACGUUAUCCACGCUCGGCGGAGGUGGCGGAGGUGGCGAUAGCAAGAAGCCCCUGGGGACUUCAGGAUAUGCCGGAGUGUCGAAGAAUAAGCUCCUGAGCAGCAAAGCCAAAAACCCAUAUGCUGCGUAUUCCAGCUCAUGCGAGGCUUGCAAGACCAAGGUCGAAGCAGGCAGGAAAUACUGCCACCGAUGUGCCCACUCAAAGAAUGUGUGCGCAAUGUGUGGGAAGAGUCCCACCAAAAGUACACAGAAGCAGCCUGUAAUCCAGGGCCAGAAAUUCACGGCAAAGUGA